AUGGAAGCGGCCCAAGAGGCCCUGGCCCCCUUCAUAAAAUCACGAGAUGAAGCCGCACACAUUCGUAAGGUAUUAGGGGCGCAUCUCAACGCCAGCCUCGACGGUGCAGCCAGCGAGCGGGUUCCACUGGCGCUUGUUGACCUGUCCGCCGCCGUCAAAAUACCCCCUGAAAGCCGUGGCCUCCAGAGGGAAUAUCUGGAAGCACUCAACGCCAACGUCAAGGCGCGGCAGGAAUUAGAGGCUCUCAAAGCUCGACAUGACAGCAAAUCCACAGUUGCCUCGGCCGCUGCCCCCGACGGUGUGGCGGUCAGUUUUCUUGCGGACCAUCUCGUCGCUCUUGAACUACAGAGGAAACGGCAACGUCUAGAGGCUGUCACCAAACGCCUUGCUCAACUUGAUCAAAUGCCCGCUGCAUCGUCGGAAUUUCUGAAUCCCGACAUUGUAUUUGAGGGUUCACCGUCCCUGCCAGACGUUCCCAGAGAGGCGGUUACCAAUUUUGUUCUUGACAAGACUCUUUCCAAGUCGAGUCUUGACGAGCUUUUAGACCGGUUACAGAAAUCAGUCUUACGUGCCAAACUUCUCCUCAAAAAGGAGGAACAGCUACUGGACGCUGUCAAGAAGAGAAGGGCGGCCAAGCCCUCUGGCGAUGCUCCGAUAACUGACAGUGCAAAACUGGCUGCAUUGACUCUUACGCGCAACGAGCUGAUUGCAUGGAUAGAGGCAGAACUCGCCAACACUGCAGGGACCGAAGGCGAUAUCCCCGCGCAGUCGCAGAAUUCUGCACAACAAGUGGCCGAGAACCGACGACGCGUCGAGGAGCAGAUCUCGACUAUCAAAGAGAAAUAUCGCGAAUACGUCACGGCACGCAAGUCGUUGUUGAAGGCCGCUUCAUCAAUCCGUCAACCAGUGAUGGAGCCGCCCAAGUCUGCCACCACAACUACUGAUUCGGCAAUGAAACUUGGCCCACCGCGGCAGUUUGCAGCAACAAGUCUACUCACACCGUACCUUGAAAAUCUCCUAGCCGUGUCUCAUGAGCAAAAGGGACUUAUAUUACAGAAAUCUCAUCUAAACACAAUCUUGGCAAAGCAGACAAAAGAGAUCUGCCAGGUCCUGGACCACUUGGCCGAGGAGAGCCAACUUUUGCCUAAAUACCCCAUGACAAGUCAGGCUCGCCGUCAACAAGGUCUGAUGAGCGACGGGGCUCUUUCUGGUUUCGAAAAACCGAACGUCUCCAGUCGUGCCCAGAUAUGGGUCUUUGCGGCCGAGGCGGCCAAACUGGCGACGCUCGAGACGGUCGUAGAAAAGACGGAAGAGGGCGAAAUGGCGCUGGGCGCCUCGAUGCAACACUUGGACGAGGUUGAUCAACUUUUGGGACGUCAGCAACCUGCUGACGCGGAGGAAGCCGGCGGAGAUUCGGACCUUUGGCUUCAGCAGGGGCAAACGAGCCCACGGCGAGCUAGGACGAGAGAUCAACAACAGGUGGAUCUAUGGUCAAAAUUGGAUGGCGACCUCGGCCUUAUUGGGGACGAGGCUGCUUGA